AUGAGCCUUGACAAAGAGUCCAUGCCGCCGUUCUCGCUGGCGGCGCCGUCGCGCUUCGACCUCAGCACUUACCUUGGCCGGGUCAAGCACUUUUACAACACCACCGACCCUUCCACCCUCCUCUACUCAAAGUCCAAGAUUAUGGAGGCCAAGGCGCUGAUGGAGUCAUUCAAGCACGGGACUGUCGAUCCCAGCGUGACCAACACGCAGCUGUGGAAGGCCCGCAAGCUGUGCGACUCUGCGCUGCACCCAGACACGGGCGAGCUCAUCUUCCCGCUCUUCCGCUUCUCCGCGUUUGCGCCCGCCAACAUCCCCAUCGCAGCCAUGCUCCUCUACCCGACAGCCAACCCGUACUUCAUCAUCACCGCCCAGUUUAUCAACCAGACCUACAACGUCUGCGUCAACUAUGCCAACCGCAACGCCUCCAGCAACAUGUCCACAUCCACCCUCCUCACCGCGUAUGGUGCCGCCGUCACGUCGUCCUGCGGUCUCGCCCUCGGGUUCGGAAAGAUCAGCCGCAUGCUUGCCGCGCGGGCUGGCGGGUCGCCCUCACCGCUCAUGGUCGCCGCACAGCGCGCCGUCGUCCCGUACCUCGCAGUCGUCGGUGCUGGUAUUGUGAACUUGCUCUGCAUUCGCCAGACGGAAUUCAGCGAAGGCGUCACCGUCUACUCCGAGGGUGGUGAGGAUCUCGGCAAGUCGGUCGUUGCCGGUCGCGAUGCCCUCAAGAAAUGCUCCAUCGUCCGCGCCCUGUGGUGCAUCCCCAUUUGCUGCCCGCCGCUGAUCAUGUCUCUCGUCGACAAGGUGAAGGUCAUCCGUCAGAAUCCGCGUCUUCGUUUCAUCGCUGAGCUCGUCGUCAUCGGCGCUUCGGUUGGGUUUGGCGUGCCGCCGGCGCUGGCUGCAUACCCGCAGCGGGACAGCCUGCCCGUGACGGCAAUUGAGUCACGAUUCCACAACCUGAUUGACGAGAGCGGGAAGCCAAUCGACCGUGUCUACUUCAACAAGGGCCUCUGA